AUGGACAAGGACAUGCUAGGAGGAAUGGAAGGUAUGUCUAAAGAAGACCAGACCCGUAUGCUUUCCAUGAUCGAAAACCUUCAGUUGCGCGACAGUUUGAAGAUGUAUAAUUCACUUGUGGAGAGAUGCUUUAAUGAUUGUGUAGAUAGCUUCACGCGCAAAUCGCUUCAGAAGCAAGAGGAAACUUGUGUCAUGAGAUGUGCUGAGAAGUUCAUGAAGCAUUCGAUGCGUGUGGGCAUGAGAUUUGCAGAGCUUAACCAAGGAGCAGCCACUCAAGAUUAA